AUGUUCAAAGCCUUUAGGAAAAGGAAGAACAAGAGUUCAAGGAAGAAUUAAAGAAGCUCGAAGAAGUUUUGAUGCCCUCUGUACCCACAAAUGGGUCUGGAUUCCACCCCUAUUCCACACAUGAUGUGCAUGUUUUCAAAAGUUCACAAGGACGGAACAUGCAAAUUAUUAGACAUGGAUAAUUUUCUUUAACUUGUGGGACCUUGAACUGUCAACGGGAAAUUUAGCAGGAUCCUCGAAUGUUUCCUGCAAUUGUGAGGUAGAAUUGCAGUCCAGCACUGCAUGUACUAUGCCAUUGACUACGGGUGCCAUGAAUUCUACUGCAGCUGGUGGAGGUAGUGAGUUAUUUCAGUAUUAAGUUUGUUGUGUCUUAAAUUUUUUUUUUCUUGGUUACAUCAUUACUGUCUUGCCAUGCACGGAGGAACUACUGCAGCUGUUGUUGGAUCCUCUGGUGUCCCACCACCCGGUACUUACCACACAAUGAAAAAUUUUAACUUUACCUCAAUCCCACUUCUACCUAAUUUCUUAUGGGACAUGUCACAUGGACGAUGCAAGUUUUAUGUUUAUGUUGGCUUAUUGUAGCCGUGGAUUAUGUUGGUGCUGCUAUUCAGAAUGAUAUGAGCUUAAUUACAUGAACGCUAAUUAUGUGGUUGUGUUGAAUGGGAUAUUUGAACUUGAUGUUAAUUAUAUAAACUACAAGGCACAACCACAUAAUUAGUGUGGUGGGACCACCAGAGGAUCCAGCGGCAGUAGUAAUUGGCAGGACAGUCAUGAUGAGGCUCUGUAGGAGAGACAAUGGGAUCAUAUAAUACCAAGUUACUAACUCCAGGUAUAACAAAAAUAAUAAUAACAAUAAUAAUAAAGACAACAUAACUCACUACCUCCAUCAGUUGCAGUAGAAUUCAUGGCACUUGCAGUCAAUGGCGUAGUACAUGUAGUGCUGGACUGCAAUUCUACCACGCCAUGCACAGGUUAAUAAUAAUACUUUACGUUUACCUCAUCCCAGUUUUUACGUAUUUUCUUAUGGGACUUGCAUGUCACAUGGAUGAUGCACGUUUUAUGUUCAUGGCGGCUUAUUGUAGCUUUGGAUUAAUUAUGUUGGCGCAGCUAUUAUUUUGAAUGAUAUGAACUUUAAUUACAUGAACACUAAUUAGGUGGUUGUAUUGAAUGGGAUAUUUGAACCUGAUGUUAAUAAUAUAAACAAGAUAUGAGAAGGAAAAAAAACUGUGGCGUUCGCUUCGACUGGCGAAACUGCUUCAGUAUUGGGAGUGUUAUUUUGCUCGAGAUGUCUCGCGAGCUAAAAAUUACUUCUACGAAGCCUUCCUGCUAUAAAAUUCAUCAAACAAUUAGAUGGAAAUUUUCUCUUUCAGAUCGAUUGAUCCUAUCAG